AUGGUACAGUUCGGGGAACGAGUGUGGUUUAGACCGCUAGAAGCCUACCGCAAGGGAGGAGACCUCGAGACCAAGGUCAUGGAAGGCCUAUACGUAGGCACGCACGGCAGAAAUGCAGACGUGCUCUGCAUGACAGAGACGGGUGUCUACAAGGGCACCAGUGUGAAGAGGAUGCCUGAAGGGCAAAGGUGGAACAAGGAAGGACUGGACAAGCUACUUGGGGCCCCAUGGAAAUUGAGGCCCAACCUUAAAGAAAAGGAAGACGUGGAUGCCACCAUCGUGGUGGAUCUUCCAGCCACGUCGGAGAAGCUAACGCCCGUUGCCAGAGACUCGGGACCAAGAAACCUGUACGUCCGAAGAAGGGACCUAAAGAACGAAGACGGGAGUGAUGACUUCACUCCUGGUUGCCCAGGUUGUCAUGCGAUAAUGCUGGGUCUACCUGCUGUUACACACGACCCGCACUGCAGAGAAAGAAUCCGCAAGAAACUUGCAGACACUGAAGAAGGCAAGCAAAGACUUGAAGACGAAAAGAAAAGAAAAUCCGAAGGGGACAAAAGUGAAAAGGGGUCGAAGGAACCCAAGGUUAGUGGGGAGCCUGAUCCCGAGGACAUGGAAGUCUCAGCAGAAAUUGCAACUGGAGGAGAAAAGAGAAAAGCCAGCAAGUCCACGGCUACAACCGCGCAGGACAAGAAGAAGAAGGAGACAGAGAAAGAAAAGGGAAGCAUGAAAAGACAGACGUCGACUACGGUCGAUGAUCUGUAUCAUGAGGAAGAAGACGCUGCUAAUCCUCAGGUUGUUUCGGCCGAGGAGACAGCAGGAGGACAGAACCUUGUUGGAGGAGGAUCCGGGUCAGCAGCACCUGGGUCCGACUUGUCUCACGGACAGUUUUGGAGCCCUGUGGUUCCAGGAGGGGCGUCGACCGCAACGCCGGUCUCAGAAGCCCAGGAGCAGCAAACGAACCUGCUGCUUGGAAGUGUCACCGAAGCUUACGAGAUAAGCAAUUUGCAAAUGAGUCCAGAGCAUUUUGCUCUGGCGAAAGAUCUUAGUGCCAUUGGGCUGAAGCGUGAAGAUGCGAAAGCAAACAGAGAGCGCGAAGGAAACGCGAACUUCUUUGGACUACCAGUAGGGUACGUCCUUGAGCUUGGGAAAGCAAAGAGUACGGGAGAACCUUGGAGGUUGGAGAAAGACCUGUUGACGCUACAAGCGACCAUGGUUCGAGAAGACACCUAUCUGGUGAUAGGCAACAACAGCAGCACCCUUGAUGCUGCAAUUGACCUGUAUUCUUUCCAGAGUCAAAGAAGAAAAUACUUUCUACAUGAACAAGUGGAACACAAAGGUCACCAAAGAAGUGCAAAAGAGAAGACGUUUCUUGAAGGAAAAGAAAUCUACAAAGCAGAAGCUGAGUGCAAGAUGCACGAAGAAGGAGGAUAUCGAAGAAAGAAGGUGACGUGGAUCACCAACAGCAAAGAGAUGGCGCACAAGCUGCAAUCUCUUAGGACCAUCGAAAGAAGAACAAAGAAGAUACAUGAUGUAGCACAAGUGCAAGCCAUUGUUGGCGGCCUGAAGUCACAGAUGAUGGCCGAUGGAGAAACAAGUGAACAUAUGAUUGCAGUGGGCGCAGGGCCCACUCCUCACGAAGCUGAAGAGAACAAGGAAGAAUACUACGAAGGGUGGUUUCCUGAAGAAGAGAACCAAGAAGUCAUCUACGACUCAGUUACAGGGGUACAGUUAGACGCGGGAAAAGUGCUUCAGGCACGGAGAGAAGAACUUGCGUGGAUACACAAAGCGGAGGUGUAUCGCAAGGUACCCUUGGAGAUGUGUUACCAGGAGACACAGAAGGACCCCAUCUCCUUGAAAUGGGUAGAUCGAAAUAAAGGAGACCACAUCAAAGAAAACUUUCGCAGCAGACUAGUCGUAAGAGAAAUCAAACGACAGCAUGGGCAAGGGACUCGGAAAACAAAGACAUGUCCAGACCAGGUCUCUGACAAGAAAGUGUUGCUGAGCAAAGUUCACACUGACAGCAACAUUGCAGACCUGAUGACGAAGCCCACGAGCCGGGAAAGUUGCGAGAAGCUAAUGAUGACGGACUAUGCUGACGCCAAGACCUUCGCCUCCCGGGCGCCUGGCGCCAGCAGCGGCCCGUGGCAGGCGCGGUUUCGCAUCAUGGGGGAAGUCCAUGCCUUGGUGCAAGACACCGCGACCUGGUACCGUGGGGCACAGUGGAUUUGCUUUUGGUACAUGCUCAUCCUCCUUGUCAAGUUCGGCGAAGGCCUUCCUGUUUCACCCCGGCUGAUGAUCUUCGUGAACACUCUGUCCGAUGCGGUGGGCAGUAUCUUCUAUUUCUUCAUCGUCUUCUUUGUCGUGUUUGCCAACUUCGCGAUGGGUGCCCACUUCCUCUUCGGCCACAUCCUUUACUCUUGGUCAACCACAUUCCUGCCGUUCGCUUCCUCGAUGAGGGUCUUAAUGGGAGACUUCGACUUCAUGGGGAUGUACGACAUUGCGCCUGUGAGUUCCGUCUCAUGGUUCAUGCUCUUCACAGUCAUGGUGGUCUUUGUGCUCGUAAAUCUCUUCAUCGCCAUCGUGACGGAUUCGUACCAGCGGGUGCAUCGUGACACAGUCGGAAGCCCACACGAGGACAUGCUCAUGAACUUCGCGAAGACGAUGACAACUGUCGGAAAUGCAGGUGCAACCAACGUGGUUUCAACACUCGGGAAGCUCACAACGGCUUCAAGCUUCGAGCUCACAAGUCCCAAAUCGCUGUCAAAACUCUUCAGUGAACGGGGCUCCAAGAACUACGAGGAAGCUGCGGAGGGAGCAGAAUUUCCGGUCCCGCUGGGAGACCUGGACAAGAGCGAAAAGCAGAAGACAGUGACUUACCGUGGCGAUCUUCGCCCUCUUGGCACCUUCGCGCCCGGCUGCAAGCCCAAGGGGGGCGUUAAUGGUCUUUGGCAGCAAUCCCCGGGUGUGGCCCUUGGUGCGGAGUUCUUGCCAGUUCCGGGCAAGGGGAGGACUAAGCAUCUCGUGAUUUUCGGUUCCCGAGCGGUUCGGCUCAUGUCAGACAUCAACUGGGCAGGCCUUCUGAUCAGCACCGUGGUGAAGGUGGUUGGGUCCUACGGCCUUACAAGCAAUGUGAUGCUGGCGCUCAUCAACGACGUCACCGCCGCAGAGGAUCGAGAAGAGGCGGUGGGAGCCCAUUUUGCCGUCAACAACUUCAUGAGCUUGGCGAUGACCGGCAUCCCUGUGAUGAAGGUGGUUGAUAACAAAUGCCGUCUGCUUUCUCAUCCUUCAGGCGGUGCUCAGCGGCCUUUGCGUUCCUCUGCUCUUCUGGGUCAGGCCGAAGCCCUGGAAAUUGCCGGAAACAAGAAGACCAUUGACGAGCUGCAAGAGCUGCGGGAGGUUGUGAAGAGGCAGGAGGCCAAGCUUGCAUCGACGUUCGAGGAGCUGGAGGAAGAAAAAUCCCGGGCGAACCAUGCGGAAAACAUCGCUCAGACCCGUCAAGGUGAAGUUGAAGUCGCCCAGAAGCUGGCGGACAGGCUCAGAUCAAAACUUUGCAGACGGAGCUUGCCCAAGUACAGGAGGAGCACGAAGCUGGUGACCCGCCGCCGGGUUUGCCCAGCCUCUUCUGCCAACGUGUCCUUGCCCGAGUCAAGGCUUUACGGUCCUCUUCAAGGAAACGAUGAGGUCGAGCGCCAUCUCGCCAUGGAGGCCGAGGGCUUGUUCGGAGAAGACAAAGUGCUGCAAAGUUUAGGCGCCGGCAGGGAUUUGGAGAAUCGCCUUCGCAACUUCGUCUCGGUGUUGAG